AUGAGUAAAACUAUUGCAGAACAACGCCAGCUUUUGGCUGAACUAACAGAACAUCGUAAUGCCCUGCGUGGAAUAUGUGAAAGCCAGAAUUCCAAAAUAUUAAAUUCUAAAAAACAAGAGCAAGUUUUGCAAAAAAUGAUUCCAACUCUUCAAGAGAAAAGGAAAGAAUUGGAUCAAAUUUUGCAAAAGGCUAAGAAAGAGGAACAUGAUGCUAACGCAAGACAAAGCCAACAAUAUGAAAAAAUCGAAAUGUCUGCACUUGAAGAAAUUCAAAAUACAAAAGAGUCAAUAAAAGCACUAGAAAUGCGAUGCAAACUAAUAGAAAAUCGUAAAAAAGUGUUAACAGAAGCUUUCAGGAAAAAAGAUGAACAACUCGAUAUAGAAAUUGCAGAAUACAAGAUGAAAAUCAAACUCGUUGAAGCUAAAAGUCAUGAAAUAAAUGAAAGACGUAAUCAAUUAGACGAAAUAUUCAAAAUUAAAAGAAGCCAAAGUAAAAAACUUCGAACAAUAGAUCAAAUUAGAUCAUUAGAAAACGACAUUGCUAAUACUCAACGCGAACUGGAACAAAAGGAGAAGGAAGUUCAAGAACUCGCACUAGAAUGCAAACAAUUACAAAAAGAACGUGAUAAUCUUCGUAAGAAGACACAAGACCAAAAGCAUUAA